UCCAAUUUCACUGGCUCUGUGGACAAUCAGGGGACCUGCCAGUGCUCUCUUCUCCUGCCAGAUACCACCUUUCCCGUCAACAGAGUGGAGCAGCUGGAAUCUCAAACUAGCAUUCUUUCUGAGAAGUUCCGGGAAGAGGCCUUAAAAGUAAACAAGUAUAUCGAAAUGAUCAGUGUCUAUGAAAAGAAGAUCCUAAACCUAACUGUCCGAGUAGAGAUCAUGGAAAAGGAUUCUACUUCUUACACAGAACUGGACUUUGAGCUGAUCAAGGCAGAAGUGAUAGAGAUAGAACAACUGAUUGUCCAGCUGAAGGGGAGCUUGACUGGCAGCUCGGAUAUUGUUGAAGGACUGGAAAUGGAGAUAAAGAAUAUGAGUCUCCUGGUAGAGAAGCUUGAAACACUAGACAAAAACAACGUCCUUGCCAUUCGCCGAGAAAUCUCAACAUUGAAGAAGAAACUGAAGGAAUGUGAGGCCUCCAAAGAGGGAAAUGUCUCCCCUCCUCCAGUUCAGGGGAAAUGUGAUCACGGUGGCGUGGUGAACAUCAGCAAGCCUUUUGUGGUUCGGCUCAACUGGAGAGGGUUUUCCUAUAAGUAUGGGGCCUGGGGUCGGGAUUACUCUUCUCAGAAUCCAGAGAAAGGACUGUAUUGGGUGGCACCUUUGAAUCCAGAUGGGAGGUAUUUGGAGUAUUACAGAAUCUACAAUACGCUGGAUGAUUUGCUGUUGUACAGGCAGGCCAAAGAGAAUCGGGUUACUUAUGGCCAAGGCAGUGGGACCGUGGUUUACAAAAACAACAUGUAUAUAAACUGGCACAACACGAGGGACAUUGUCAAACUUAACUUGUCCACCAACACAGUGGCUCUGAGGAGCCCUCUCCAAAAUGCUACCUUUAAUAACCGUUUUUCAUAUGCUAAUGUUAAUUGGCAAGAUAUUGACUUUGCUGUGGAUGAGAAUGGAUUGUGGGUGAUUUAUGCAACUGAAGCCAGUACUGGUAACAUGGUGAUUAGUAAACUCAAUGACACCACACUUACGGUGCUAAAUACUUGGCAGACCAAGCAGUAUAAACCAUCUGUUUCUAACGCCUUCAUGGUAUGUGGGGUUCUGUAUGCCACCCGUACUCUGAACACCAAAACAGAAGAGAUUUUCUACUACUAUGACACAAACACAGGGAAGGAGGGCCAACUAGGCAUUAUAAUGCAUAAGAUGCAAGAAACUGUGCAGAGCAUUAAUUACCACCCUUUUGAAAAGAAACUUUUUGUCUAUAAUGAUGGUUACCUUUUGAAUUAUGAUGUGAUUUUCUAUCAGAAACCACAGUAA